UCUACAAGCUCUCCAUUAUCAGUGAUACCAUUUCAACACACUAGGUCAUCACUCAUCAUGUCUAUCCUUAGAUCCUUAAUUUUCACUCGAAUUACCCAGAAAAUCAACUCGCUGGAAUUGUUUACCACUCCAUGUCGCGAUUACAGCGUCAACAGAGAGAAAGUUUCUGAAUAUUUCAAAUUCAUAUAUAGUCAUUUCAGUUAAUCUGUAUAUCAUGGCUCAAUCUCAACAAACAUGGAAACUAAAAUAUACUCAUUACUUUCAAGAUUUUUACAAUCCGAUAAGGUACCCAGAUUCAAAAGCAAACCUUAAUUAUCUUAUUUUGAUAAGUAUAGGUAAAUCCCAUUCUCAUAAAACUCUCUGUGAAAAUUUGUCUGCUCAAAUUAACAAUCAAAUGGAAAACCUAAACACAAGUAUUCAAUCAACUACUAUUGGUACAACUGGUCCAAGACCAAUAAGAAGAAUAAUUGCCUCUGUCCAGGAAUCUUCUAAAGAAGCUGAAGAAUUUACUUUCAGUUUACUGGGAAAAUCAUGUUCAAAAAAACCACUAGAUCAUAAAGAUAUCAAAAAUGAAAUCAAUGACCGUUGGAGAAGCUACAGAAGGUAUCAGAUCAUUACAAAACGAACGGAUCUCUUUCUGUUUAGAUUCCAGCAAAAAGAUUGUUGCGAUGGGGUUCGUUUUAAAACUUGGGAUAUCAUGGGACAUUUGUUGUCCCUGAUUAAGUAUAAUCCUAAUAUACCUAUCAAAGACCACAAAUUUGAGCAUCACACUUGGAUUGUUAAGCUAAGAAACGCAUGAGAUGUCAUCCUGAAUGAGAAUCUCUUCAAAGAUAUCCGCAAAGAUAUUGGAUAAAAAGUAGAACCAGAGGGAAGGAAAAGGCUACCUAGAGGAAGUGUAACUAACACUGCCUAUAUUGAAAUUAAGCUCAAAGAACCAUUAAGAAUAGGUGGGUGGAUUGUUAAACCAAAUGGUGUAAGGCAUUGGGUAAUUUACCACUUCGAAAUGCAGCCUUACAAGAUCUGCAAAGACUAUUGGGUUGUUGAUCAUGUUGAUGCUAACUGCAAAAGACUUGCGUUAAAAUAGUAAGUUGAAGUUAUGAAAAAUAAUGAAUACGCUUCUUGGAGUAUAACAGAGGAAGGAAGGAAAUUUCUGGAUGCCUAUAUAACUAGUUCAGGUGCCGAUAUGAUGGAAAAUGAGGUGGAAACAUCCAUGGGUGUAACUAAUAACCCUAUACCAUAUAAUGUCGUUCCUCAUCCACAAGAGACAGAGAAUUUAGAUCGAGAAUUGGAAGACACUGAAGUGAGAAAGAACAAGAGAACCAGAGAUGAAGAUUCAAUUAACAACUCCGUACCCUUCAAUCUCGAUCCUUCCAACACUCACAACAACCUUACUUUCCAAACAGUUACAAACGGAGCUGAUGAAUCAAACAAUUUUGGUGAUCUCCCUGAUGUGAGAAGGAUGAAAUACCAACACAAUCAAGAAGAUGAUAAACACUCAAUGGCAUUUGAUAUCACAUGAUUUGUACCCAAUGGAACGUUUGCUCGGAAUCACUAUGGAAAUACUGCAAAUUUUCUCCAGUGUAGAUCCCGUAGAAUUAGGCCUUAUUAUCCAUUUUUAGUGUAGAUCACUACAAGUGGUAUCAGAGACGGUCUUUCCUUGGAUUGAUCAUGGAUGAUUUGGGGGCUAUAAUGAGUGCAAGGAGUGAAGUAAUUAAUCUUCGAUUGGAUUACUUAAUUCAACUGGGAGAUAGUUCACUAAAUCGGAACCAGAAUCUCCUGAAUUUGUUGGAUCUCAUCAAUCAGGCAGAGAGGAAGAUAGAGUCAAUUCUUCACACUAGAAAACCAAACCAGGUACCGACAUCGAAGGAAACUUCAGUCGAAGCUGCUGAGAGUGAAGAAAAAACGAAGAUGGAGGAUAUAAUUCACAGCGAAGAACUGGCAGGAGACUCAAUUAACUCGGAGUUGGUCACCGAUUCCAGCCAAAAAUCAUCAACCUCGUUGGAAUAAGAAGAAGAUUUCACAUAUACAAAUCAAGUCAGCGACCUAAAUUGUAGUUCUGAUUCUCAAUCUUCCACUAAUCAGGUUCUCUGUGAUGUUGAAUUUCGAAUGAUCAAAUCCAUUUCCAUGGGUGUCGAAGAGGAAUCUCUCGAUUUCGAGUUGAAUAUUACUUCGUUUUUAUUUGAGGAACAAAUUGAUGAUAAGUUGGAAGUAAAUUCCCUUUUUUCAAGAUCAACGGGUGAGUUCACUCAAAAAUCUCCAAUUUCCCCAGUACCAGAUGAAGAUAAUUUCCAAGCUACAUCUAAAACUCACUUCUCUUCUGCAGUUGGAGCUAAACCCGCGUCUCACAAAUUCGAAUUCAUUCCUUCUUCUAGUGACGGCCAUAAGGAGAAUUUGAUGUUUCUGCAUUACCAAGAAGGUAAACCCUUCAAUCCUGAAGCUAAUUUUGUGGUGGGUUUUCAAAGUAAUAGAGUUGCAUCUCAUGAGGUAAAUAAUUUCAAUACAUUCAGUCAGAAUAAUAAUAGAAUUGAGAAUUCGCGGGAGUUGAAUGUUUUGAAGAAACUGUCUAGUGUAGAAUGUUUAGAUUGUUGUCUUGAUUUUGAUCGAAUCUUAUUUGAUCUUGGAAAAGACAAAUUGAAGUUUGAUCCUAUAUUGGGGUUUCCUUAUUGCGUGGGUUUUCAAUUUUUGGAUAGAUUGUAUAGGGAAAUUGUUCUAAAGCUUGCUUAUGACAGUGGGUAUCAAUCAGAUGGGUUUUCUAGUGAUUCAAUUGUUCGUCUGCUAGCUAAUUAUGGUGUUAGAAAUAAUGAUAGACUCUAUUUGUAUGCAUUUUUUUAUGUAAUUGUUCUUAAUUGGUUAAUUUUGGAAGGUUACUGUGGUGAUACUAGAAUAUUGUUGGAUACAAUGUUACCGCAAAGUAUUUUUCUCUGGACUGAAUUUAUGCUGGCUAGGGAAACUAAAUAUUGGGUUGCACAAAACAUAUUUGAUCAAUCGCUGGUUGGAAAUAUCAGUUUUACAGUUCAUAUGGAAGAGGUUCAGGAAUGUUUUGUUACAUCAACUUCAAAUUCAAGUCAGAAUCUACUAAACUGCAUAAGUGUGAAGGUUGGUGGAUUAUGUUAUACGUCUGCGAGAAGUGGAAAAUAUUUCUGCGAUAGCCCGGUUCUCGCUAGAACGCUAUUUGAUCGAGGGAAGUUGUUUGAAGCUAUCAAUAGGUAUUCGUAUCACACUACAAGUAAUUCUCAUCUCAGUUUUGGUAUACUUAUUUUUAGUUUGUUGGAAGUGAUUCGAAGGUAUUCCUGUUAUGUUAAGUGUAGUUCAAAAUCAUUUCUAGAUACCCUUUCUUCUUGUGUGUUUUUUAUUUUGUGGAAAAUUUUGAAGGAUGAAUACAAUGGGGAUUCUUUUUAUGAGCUUAUUCUUCAACAUGGGUACCAAUUAGAUUCAAGGCUUAUAAAUUCAAUUACGUUUGUAUUGGUUGAAGAAUGUGAUAAUUUUUAUGACAGGAAUCUGUUUGCGGAAUUGUCAUACAGAUAUAGUAUCACGAGUCAUGGUGGCGGUCAUAUUUUGUGUUUGCUCGAGGAGCGAAUUUUCACCGGGAAAGUACUAUGGUUAUUACUAGUUGUGGUGUCGUUGGAACAACUAUAGUAUUUGUACAGAUACCUCAAAGAGGAAAUCAAUAUUGUAUCAUAUGCAUUACCAGAAUAGCAGAGAUGUCUACUAUUGAGAAGGCACGUGAACUUUUUAAUAAAAUGCAUCAUACAGGAAGACGCAGCUUCAGUAGUGAUAAAGGUUCACUAGUUUCUCAGCUGAGAUAUGGUCCAUUUGAUUAUAUGACUAUUCAAUAUGGUGAAUACUUGAAGAUCUGUGUGUAUUCAAACAAACGGAUGAUAUAACACAGAUACUUUCGAAGAUAAUUAUUUGGGUUCUUUCAUUUAGUGUUAUGGCCAACGGUGUGAAAGACAAGAUUGUACAACUAACUUGGGAUUCGGGUUUGAUUGAUUUCUACGAACUUGCAUAUGAUAGACUUGGUCCUAUGUGUUGCUGUCAGCCGUGGAGUCUGGUGCGCCAACCGAAAGAGGCUAAUAGAAGGACAAAGGUUAUUUUAUGGGAGGUGGAAAUCGAGAAGAAUAGGAAUCUACUGGUUGUGGUCAGUUUUUUCACCUUGGUUAUUGCUCGGAAGCACCUUCCUUGUGAUAAUCGAGUGUUUUCUUUGUGGUUACCAGAUAAGAGGCAUCAUAGAGGUGUGGAGUUUUGCGAAAGAAUUAUGGGAAGCACAAAUACGCUUAUACGGGUUAUUGGUUGUGAAAUCUUCGGUAUAGCUUCUUGGCAGGUUGAUGUCUAUAGUGAAUGGAACGAGCAGGACCGAAUAUUAAAGAUCCAGUUGUAGGUAAUCCUAUUCAAUUUAGGUUCAUGUUGUGUUGGUGAUGAAAGUUGGAGAGUGACAUACCUUGCUUCAGGCUUUGCAACUUAUAAAAAGAGAGUUCUAUAAUACAAGGGUUGCUUGUAGUAUUAGAUUUCUUCACAGCCAGUUGUGGUAGGUGGUGAUCUGUAACUUACAGAAAUGCUCGCCACGUACUAGAAAUUCAACUUCUAUUUCAACUAAAUGUCACAUCACUGAAGUCAGUAUGCUCCAGCUUGGAGAGGUAGCUAUUACAAACAAGUCUGCAAGAUUUCAAGUAAAGCCCGUGGUGAUUCAAAUUCUAAAUAUGCUGAUGCGGGAUGAUUACUUGAGGUGGAAGGUUAUAGCAAAUCGUUAUGCUAUCAUCUAUAUACUGGUGAGAUGGGAGUUCAUAGAUAAACUCGAGAAGAAUUUUAAAUUGUCAGAAUUCCUUGUAAGAUGGGAGUCCAUGCCAUGAUUGUUGCAUCUACAUGACCUAAAAUGUCAGAAAAAAUCGAUUAAAUCAAACUAGAAACCCCUGUAGUGGAACCAGAAAAAUGAAUAUUUUCUAAUUCAACAGUCAUAGCUUCAUAUCAAAGAAGUAAAAUUACAAGUCGUACCUUUUUUUAGGGGUUUUUGC